UUUCAUAAAAUCGUUGUGAGUUUUACAAGUCAACAAUGUACUAUUAACAGGUAUCAAAACGAUCCAUUACAUAUCAAGCAGAUCAAAUUUAAACUAUAAGAUGUGUAAGGAUGUUAAUCCUACAGAAAUUGCAACUUUUGAACUUCGCGGACAGUAGUAUGUUACAUAUGAACAAUUAAAAGAACUAUUUAUAAGGUCCUUUUAGUUUGAAAAACAUAUUGAAAUAAUUAAAAACUAUUAUAGAAAUAAUAUUUAAGUUAAUAAGAUUUCAUUUUUUUAAACAAGAUAAAAAUAACAAGUCCAACUAUUAGAGUAGUACUUCAGUUAGGCCUUGCAAAAACGCGGUAAAACCUUGUACAAAAGGGAUCCUUUACCGGUCAUUUCUAUUGUGUCUUUCAUAUCGACGAGAAACAUUUUGUGAGCGCAUCAUGACUAUGGUGAAUAAAGCAGCAGUGCUGAAAUUUGCAAAAAUAACAGACAAAGCUUAUGCACCUAUGAAAGGAUCAAAAUAUGCUGCUGGAUUCGAUUUAAGAAGUGCAUACGAAUAUGUCGUCCCAGCACGUGGUAAAGAGUUAAUUAAGACUGACUUGCAAGUCGAAGUUCCUGAUGGCACGUACGGAAGAGUCGCACCUCGUUCAGGACUAGCAUGGAAGAAUUACAUUGAUGUAGGUGCCGGCGUUAUCGAUGCUGAUUAUCGCGAAGAAAAUGUGUGGAAGCUCUGUCAGGAUGUAGCCACGAGACACGGAUCGGAAUUACAACAUUGUUACGUUGCCUUCGUGAGCAACGCCUGGCGUAGCGUACCGCUUUGGCGACAACGGGCAGGAAAGGAUGAGGAUAAGCUCGUAGUUUGGGACUUCCAUGUAAUCCUUAUCUACGCACCCGACGAAAGGGCGGUCGUAUACGAUUUAGAUAGCGUGUUGCCGUUUCCCACGCAUUUUUGGAAAUACGCGAUGGAAACGUUCAGAUCGGACGAAGUUGUACCCCCGAAGCAUCACAGAAGAUUCCGAAUGGUCCCGGCCAGUGUGUACUUGAAAGAGUUCGCGUCUGAUCGGCAUCACAUGAAACGCGAGGAUGGCACAUGGAUCAAGACACCGCCGGAUUAUCCACCGAUCUCAACACCAACGUGCAAGGAUAACUUGGAUUCGUUUAUUAACAUGGAUCCAGGAACCGGGUUCGGGGUUGUAUUGACUUUAGAGCAAUUAUUCGACCGAUUUCAUAGGCCAAACGCGAACGCAUCUGCUACUCGUACACCUCAGCCUCAAGCAACGCCGACUUAAGUAAACUGCUAAGUAAGUUCCGCAGGGUAACGACCGUUUCCUUCGAUUUCCAAUGACAACAUACCCAUCGCAUCGUAUGGCCUAAGGGAAUUGGUUAGGUGCAUGUACCUUUGCCAGCUGAUACGUGUAUAUCGGGUCGAGAAAAAAAUUUUAACGAUAACAUUUGCCUGAUCGUUGUUGCUAAUCGUUCGAAAUCACAACCGUGUGUUUCUACGGGCAAAUCAAUCGAUUGUUUUUGCCAGACAUUCCAGAAUUUACACAAAUUUUGUCUUUCGCCUCUAACUUUUGUCCGUUCAAAGUAUAAGUUGGUUGAAACGUUUCAAAGCGAGAAGAGAAAUUGAUUUGGCUUGAAUCGGGUUUGUGCUACUUCUUUUCUUUCCUUUAUAAUAAUUCUCGAUAACUCUAUAACGCCUGUUAUUGUAUUUCUAGACGCUAUAUCUAUUGAUACGUUUGUUUCCUUCCAUUUUAAAAGGCUUUUUUUGCAGAGCCUUCCGGAGACAAGCCUGGUCUCUGUCGUGUGCUACACGUGUUACGAUCGACCAUAUGUAUAUUCCAAGUUUUCAGUCGUGAUUUUAUAUAUACAAAUACAUAUAUAUAUAUAUAAGUGUUCUCUUGUCUUCGUACCAUACGUUUACCAUAACGCGUGAAUCUUUGUCACGGCUUCGCUCUAUCGAUGGUAUUUAUCGUUACGAUUAAUUGUGUCAAAGACUGAUGUAUCUACGGACAAUUUCCAAGCUCGACGUGAAAGAAAGAAAAAAAAAAAUACAAUUUUGUUUUCCGAACAAUAUUGAAUCUAAUUAGCUCGCGUUCUUGGCACAGACGCGACUAAUGCGCUUAUUAUGAUUAUUAUUAUUAAUUAUUAUUCUUAUUAUUGUGCAAUUUGAUAUAUACAUAAUAGUAAGGGCAAGAACUUAAUCUUUGCGAGAUAAACGUAAAUGAUUACGAUUAUUGUAAUUCUUGUGAUACUUUACACUUUCUACUUUGAAUACCUACGCUAUACUUGUCUACUGUUUGUACUAAAAAGAAGAAAUGAAAAACAAGAAGAAACAACUGAUUCUUAAUGCGAUCGUGCGUUCGCUUGUUGAUUAUUUAAAUCCAGAUUCGAUUAGGGGUUAAACACUCCACACGACCAAUUUGUCAACAUCGAAACGAAUUUUGACAACGAACGCUCGAUAUCUCUGAAACUUGAUAUAUUUAACCCUUUCGCUGGGAGAGAUUAAAAAAGUUUGCCAGCCUUAUAGUUAUCAGGAACAGUUGGAUGUCUGUGGAUGCAACAGCAAUGAAAGGGUUAAGAAACUUUUCGGCACUCUGUAACGCUAUCAUCAAAUUAUCUUUCUCUUUGAGAGACGCAGAUUGAAUAACUCUACAAAUAGCAUCAGAUCGACGGUAGAUUUAUUAGCGAAUUUCCAUUGUCUCGCUUCGAAAUGAUAAUCAACGAGCGAACGCAAUCGAACUAUCGGUUCCUCGGACUCCCGAAUAGAGUCGCUUGAGGAAAGGAAGAGGAACCGACAGCCAGGGUCGAUAGUUUAAGAAUUCGUCCACUCUUUGCCUUCCAGAAUCUUUCACUAGAUCUCUCUUUGUCUUUAUCAUCGACAUGUGUUUUUUCUCCGAUUCACCUAUAUCAUAUAUUUACUAUAUUUGCAUACGUACUUGUAAGCCAACCGUGUCUGCGACUCGGAGACAGCCGAUCGGGGGUGAUCGGUGACACGGCACAAGUCUCGUUGCUUUUACACGAACAUCGUACGUGGAAAAAUCCGGGACCGAUUUUUUUAGCCUGUAAUACCUUCGAUUACCAGAGAAUAGAAAAAAAAAGAAGAAGAAAA